AUGGCUCAUAGCAUGAAACACCACAGGCGGCAAAUGAUCUACAGCCUCGACUUGAGGGAGCUUAAGAAGGCGGUGACGGUCCUCAGUAAAGCGGCCACCCACUUCAACAAAAAAGAAUUGGAGUGUCUUGUAAAACUUUUUUAUUCCUUUAUGGAAAAGGGACAAAAACGAAGUCUCCAAGAGGGCCUAGAUCGCAGUGAGUUUAGAAACGUCCUGCAUGGUGUUUUUGGCAUGACUGAUGACCUGCUUAUGAACAGGGUGUUUGGGGCUUUUGACAAAGACAGUGACAAUCGCAUUAGUGCAACUGAAUGGGUUGAAGGAUUAUCUGUGUUUCUCCGCGGAACUUUUGAAGAAAAAUUGAAAUACUGUUACCACGUUUAUUACGUGAAUGGGGAUGGAUAUAUUUCCCAGGAUGAAAUGUUUGACAUGCUGAAGAACAGUCUCCUCAAACAUCCAGUGGAAGAAGAUCCGAUUGAAGGAAUAAAAGAAUUAGUAGAAAUAACACUGAAGAAAAUGGAUUAUGAUAAUGAUGGGAAGCUGUCUUUUGAAGAUUUUGAACAAGCAGUAAAGAAAGACCGUCUUUUGUUAGAGGUGUUUGGCCCAUGUUUACCAGAAACUGAGAAGUGUCUUGAAUUUGAAACCCUGGCGUUCAAAGACAUAAACAAUGAAUUUUCACUGUGAACAGCUGCUUUAAACAACAUCUACAUUGUGAAUCAUACUGGAGUUUCAAAUAGAUGAAGCAGUGUGUUAUUUUAAGACAGAAGCACAAUAAAUGUGAAAAUGGAGUUCCUGCAUUUAAAAAAUAAAUGUCAAAAUGACCAGGCUUUUUAAA